AUGUGCAAUGACGAAACCCCGAUGGGGACCCAGACACAGCCGGCUUCCGCAGAUGGCACUGCAACCGGUCGCGGCUCCUUUGUAUGCCGGAAAUCUAAGGUGCACUCGAGUCUACUAGGACGCUUCCCCACGGGCCGACGGGAGAACUCGACUUCGGGUGCAGAUGGCCCACAAGUAUCCCGGGUAUCCAUCUACUCCGCUAGAACAUUGACCAAUAUCGCGCUUGCUGUGGUUAGGGAUCCGCCGUUUGCGUCACUUGCCAAGGACCUGGAGACUAAGGGUGGAUAUGUUGAUUUGAGUAUGCUGGAGGCCACCGGCUGGUUUGUGAUCGAUUUCAAGAUCGAUCCCAAAGUCUCCAAGAUCGCCCUGAUAGCUGAGCUCCCCAACAUUGCCAUCGCUGGCAAUAUUGUUAACCAGAUGUUCCCGACUUUGAAGUCCGUAGAAGUCCACUCCAUCAUUACGACCUACCACCCUCUCUUGGAUGGCACAGCAGCCCCUGCGUUGAUGAUUGAUGCAUCUCUGUCUGUCAAUCAGACUUCCAACAUGCCAAUGGGGUCAUUUGAUUCUGCGGGUAUGGCUAGGAACCUCGUAUCCCAAGACUUGUGCCGAUUUGAAGUAGGACCGGUUGGAGGUGUGAGCUUGUCUUGUCUUCCGAGUAUUUUGGACUGGCUUGAACCCAGAGAGGGGCCUCGGAUCGGUGUAUAG